AUGAGUUGAUGAAGCUUUUGGGGUCAUUUUCUAAUUUGAUAAUAUUUGUGCCUCAAUUUUGACUUUAGGAAAGUGUCCCAGAAACACUACGGAAAUCACAAAUCAAUGAUCAUCAUUUAAUCAACUAAUCAAAAUCGUGUGGUGCAGAUUUCAAGAAAUUUCCUAGCUUUUGAUUCAUAAAUUAGCUCGCAAUUUCAUUUUGCCUGUCGUCUGAUCUCUAUUCAAGGGUUUAUAAAUAGUGGAAGAAAAAAAAAUCAUCUCAGACGUGGAAAAUCAGUGGUUUUGUUACAUAAAGGCUUUGGGUUCAGAUCCUUUAAAUUAUUAUGGAGAGAAUUUGUGCUGGUUCUGGCAUUGACGGAAUCAGUGACCUCCCUAGCAAUGUGAUAGAUCACAUCCUGGCAUGUUUACCAUUAAAAGAUGCUGUGAGGACCAGUACCCUAUCAAAGAAGUGGAAGGAAAAAUGGUAUACGGUGCCUCAAAUUAUUGUCGACGAGAGCUUUUUCCAUGAACGAUCUCAAAGAAAACUGGAGGGUAUUAUCAGUUAUAUUCUUACUCGACAUGAAGGGAAAAUAGAGACUUUUUCUGUGUCCGUGGAGAAAGUUAAAGACCGUUACAACAUGAAGUUGUGGAUAUGGAGGCUAUCAAAGAAGUCUAUACAAGAAUUGACCCUCCUAAUCCGAAGAGGUCGCCGCAAUGAAGUCCCAUCUGGUUUGUUUUCUUGUCAGCAGCUGCGAAAGUUGAACCUCCGCCAUUUUGAGGUUAAGCCAUCACAUUCAUUCAAAGGAUUUCAGAAUCUUAUUAGCCUUCAGUUGAACAAAGUCAACAUAACAACUGCUGUAUUUGAAAAGCUUAUUGCUAGCUGCCCUCUGCUUGAACAAUUGACAGUAAGAAACUUGAGUUGUAUCGACCAUCUUCAUAUCAAUGUCCCAAGUCUCAAGUACUUCUCAUUUGAUGGAGAAUUCAAAUCUAUUGUUUUCAAGACUCCAUUACUUGAGGUAUUGUCUAUCAAUUUUUAUCGGAUUGGAUCUGAGAAUAACCAGUUUGAUCUAAGAUUCAAAUUCCGUGGUUUACCACCUGCAAUUAAGGAGCUCUACGUGCGAUGCCAAUUUCAGAAGUUCUUGGCCGCAGGGGAUACAUUCACUGAAGUUUCAACUUCUUACAAUCAUCUCAAGACGCUUGGCAUAACUGCAUUUUGUUUCGAAAAGCUAGAUGAUAUCUCAUGUCUCAUCUCUUUGAUGGAAAGCUCCUUAAACUUAGAAAUACUUGAUAUUACUGCGUGCAACUGCAAAGAUGGAGCUGUACCUGAAACAGUUUUAAAAUUUUGGGAAGACCAAAACCAUUCUUCAGUGUCGUUGAACCGGUUGCAGAAGGUAGCAGUGAGGUCAUUCCACGGUAAGGAUCACGAGCUGAAGUUUGUCCAAUUUCUGCUGGCUAAUUCACCUGUACUCAAUGAGCUGACUGUUGAGUGCAUGAAGAAUCCCGAUUUUGACGAGGAUGAAAUAAAAUCAGUGCUGUCACUUUUAUGUCCUGAUUCCGCAGAAUUGAAGUUCAUUGGAGGUAAUUAUGAUUCGAGCAGUGAUGAUUCAUCAGAUUCCGAUGACAAUUCAAAUGGUUCCUACUCUUCCGAUAGUGAUUAGUUAGCUAGCAUUUAAACUUAAUUCUGUUUUAGAGGUGAGAAAUAGAUAUGUGAAGAUGUUUGAUCUCAAUUUUUUGUACUUUUAUUUGGCUUUAGAAUCUGUCAUUUGGGAGUAAGGUCGGAUUAUGUCACUGCGGUUUGCAAAGUCUAUAUAAAUAAAUCAGGAAUGCUUCUGUUUA